CCGUAGUCCUUCUACACGCUUGGCACACGGGAGAAGUUUCAGUUGGUUGCAAUCUGCAACCAAACUACUAGAUGCCGCCAAAUCCUACACACUGCACCUUUAAUUGUAAUCAAACACUGAUGAUGUAUGUGUCUGCGUGUCUUACGUGUGUGUUGAUGUAUUGGAAAGAUUUUCAAAUAUGUAGAUAUACUUUGAUAAAUGUUUGUGAUCAGUUCAGCCGACACCCCCGCAUGAAGCUGAGGUCCAAGAAACACCAGAGACUUUCGACAUCACUUGGAAAAGUGGGUAUGAAGGCCAUCGGUACUUAAAGACGAAGGUCCUCAUUUACCAACUCUUACUUCAAACAUCUAAAAGCACUGAGAGCAAAACUCUUAAUCCCAAUGGAUACGGGAUGUCUCAACCGAUUCCAAGGUCAGAACUAAAACCAAAUGCUAAAUAUUGCAUUAAAGUGAGAUCUAAAACUGGUGAUCCUGACUAUGAUGGAACUUGGAGUAAAUGGAGUCCAUCGACAUGCUGGAAAAAUGAAGCAGGAGAAGAACAAAAAGAAGAAGAAGAAGAAGAUCAUAACAUAUUAGUCAUUUUGACCAAAUCUCUGGGCCCAGUGUGUGUUGCUGCUGGAGUCAUGCUGUUUGUAUUCUACAGUCCCGCUGUAAGGAUGAAGAUAAAAACUCUGUCCCACACACCAUCGCCAGCCCCCUUCUUCCAACCUCUAUUUCAACAACAUGAAGGCAAUCUCAAGGAAUGGCUUUCACCUCACGGCAAAUAUAUGCUUGCAUACAAAACCGAGGAGAUCUUGACAACUGAUGCUGUGAUUGUUGUACCAAAACCCAUAACAAAGGACCCAGAGGAGAACCAGGACUUCCAUAACCCUACAGUACAACUGGCAUUCACUCAGGGUCAAACCUCAUAUGUUGGCUUACCCGGUAUACAUGAGGCCUCCCCGCCUUUCACUUUGGUCUGUCCAGGGGACAUGCCUUACACUCAGCUCCCUUGCUCUGUCUGGGGGGUUGGCAUUGGAGAAGUAGAAGUUGUCUCCACUCUACCUCAAGAUUUCUCCAUCACCAGCAGUGUAGACUCUGGCUGCAGCUUUGAGGAUCAGACCCAAAGCCCAGAGUGCAGUUUACCAAACAGUCCUGUUGCUGACAUCCCACCACCAUGUUACUGUAAUGAUUACUGCAUUCUCAACAAAACAGCAGAAGGUUUUGCUCCUGUUUUAGUGCCCAGCCUAAAUGUUCCAUCGGAUUCCCUGCAAGAGGAAUAAGAAAUGGUCUUGGUUUGGAGAAAUUCACUAAUCACUAUGGCUGUAUAUUGCAUUGCAGGAAAUGGUCAUAAUCAGACUUGAUGCUUGCAUGCUCAUAUAACACUUACUGUGUGUAAUGUGUUCCAGAUAGCACUUUUUAUUUAGCCUUUUGAAUGUAUCUUUUUAUGAAACAAACAUAAACACGGCUUCAGCCAUGGCUAACUCACAUAUGUUACGCUUGACGCAUUUGCUAUACUGACUGCAGAAUGUGAUGACGUGAAUGUGCGUGAUUUUCACAUUGACUUUCUAUGAAAUGUUUUUCUUUAAUGCACAGCCAAACAUUUGUGUUGGUGUUUGUACUUUGCCUUCACCUUUUAAUGAUGAUAAAUGAUGUAAACUACAGACGUAUUGCCUGGGUGAGGCCAGUUGGCAAUGCUCCUAAAAUAAUGGGUCGAAUGCUCAGGAUAUACAAGGAUCA